UGGUCUGAUGCUGUUUCCGGUUUGUGCCUGCACGCCGAUUUUGUGAUCUACGGUGGAGCUACGUUUGUGUUUUCCAAAUAAACCCGGCGGAUUUGAACGAGUCUUUUGUUGUCACCAUGUCGACUGCCCUCGAGAGCUACAUCAACCGUACAGUGGCCAUCGUUACAUCUGACGGACGGAUGAUAGUGGGCACCCUGAAGGGCUUUGACCAGACCAUCAACCUGAUUCUGGAUGAGAGUCAUGAGCGUGUGUUCAGUUCCUCUCAGGGCGUGGAGCAGGUGGUCCUGGGACUAUACAUCGUCAGAGGAGACAACGUAGCUGUGAUUGGGGAGAUUGACGAGGACACAGAUUCUUCGCUGGACCUGGGGAACAUCCGCGCUGAACCCCUUAACUCUAUAGUCCACUGACCUCUCACCCUGACCCCCCAACUCGGAUGUGCUGACCCCUACACCUGAGUGAUUGUGUGAGAGAGAGUGUGAAAGAGAAAGCUAGAAAUAGAGUAGUGUUUCAAUUUUCACCACCUACUCAGCAAUAGCUGAUGUCCCUGUCUGAAGAGCACAGUUGAUCUCCCCCAUGAAGGACCCAGGGGACUAAUAAUAGGAUGUUGAUGAAUGUGGUGAUAUUUUUUAAUAAAGUGUUUAAUUUAA